UAGCGUGAGGGAUAACAACCCCAUAUCAGGAGAUGUCACAUAUUAUGGAGUUCUAAAUGAUAUUUUAGAGUUAGAUUAUCUCAGUGGUAAAAAAGUGACGCUAUUCAAUUGUGAUUGGGUUUCUCAAAGAAGUGGAAAGAAAGAAGAUGAUGAUGGUUUCACCUUAGUCAAUUUCACUAGACUCAUGCCCACAAAUGAGCCAUUUAUUUUAGCUUCUCAAGCACAACAAGUGUUUUAUGUGGAAGACCCUACAGAAAAAGACUGGCAUGUUGUAAUAAGAACCACACCUAGAGACCAAUUUGAUCAAAAAGUCAAUUCAUGUGAGGAUGAUAUAGAGACUCAGCUGCAAAGCCAUGCAUGCAAUCCUCAAAUUCAAGAUGGUGACAUCAAUGUUGAUAUUACAUGGGCUAGGGAGCAUGAUGAAUUUGAUGCUUAUGGUUGAUAUGGUUCAUUAUUAUUUUUUUAUGUUAUAACUUUGUACGACUUUCAAUUCUAUGCUUUUCUAAAUUGAGUUUGUAGUUUUUAAUGCUUUCUCCUUUGGGUUUUAUUUUCAAUUAAUUCAUUUUUCGUUGUAGAAAACUAUAUAUCAAGAUUGUGUUGUCUUAAUUAGCUAUUUCAAUUAUCUAAAUACUAUUUGUGUGUUGUUCCAUUAGUUUGGUACAUAGAAUCAUUGUUAUAUAACAGUGAGUAUUGCUACAUUCACACAAAUUCAGCUUGAUGGCACCAAGAACUAGAAUUGGACGUAUGUCUGAUGGGUUGGACUCAAACCAGUCAAGAAGAGAUUUAAGCAACACUCAAACCAAUAUAGUCUCAGGUAAUCUAUCAACUUUUCUAAUUCAGCUUUGCUCAUUUCACUUUAUACUUCUAUAAUGUUUUGGAAUAGACAAUGGUAUCAAGAAGAAUGUACGAGGGCCAACAUUUAUGCGAAAAAUUUGGGCUCGAGAUAAGCAAGAGGCUAUUCAAGUUGAAUUUAAUGACCUAGGGCAACCUAUUGAUGAAAAGUCAUCAAGUGAAUUAGCUCACUUCUUGGGGGCUAUAGCACGCAAUGGAAGAUACGCACCAUUACAUUAUAAGAAUUGGAUCAAAGUACCUCAAACUUAUAAAAAAGAGAUGUUGACCCAAGUUCAGGAAAAGUUUCAGCUUCCUCCUGGUCAAGAGGAUUGGAUAUUGAAAUCUAUCGCCAAAAAGUGGAGAAAUUGGAAAUCUUUUGUGAAAACAAACUAUUAUGAUCCAAAUGUAUCUCUUGUUGAACAAAUGAAAAAUGUUCCUGAAAGAGUUCAUGAAGACCAAUGGAAGGAGUUGGUAACUUUUUGGAAUUCUGAUGCAUCAAAGAAAAAGGAACUUGGCUAUUACCCAUCACGCUCUACCUUGUUCAUUGAGUGUUACUCAAAAGGUGAAACUCCGGGAAAUGAUGUAGCUAGUCAAGCAAUGGUAAUAGUUAAAUAAAAAUAAUAAUAAUUUAUUUGUCCAUUUGUUUAUAUUUAUUCUUUGAAUAUAAUUUUUUUUUUUUUGUAGGAAGCAAUGCGUGAGU